AGUAUGUAGCAGAAUCACCACCUGUGUUAAAUCCAUUCCUAGAAUACAUUGCUACCUCAAAGUUUUGAUUCCCUGACAGACGAUUAGGACCCAAGAUUCGUGAUGUAGCCACCACAGACUUCUGGCUUUCAUCAGACGUGAUCAUGGAGUAGGCUUGGUUCACAUAAGGGAGAGGGCUCAUUAACAAGAUCUGUGAUCUUGUUUGCAUAUAAGAGUCAUUUAAACCCAUAAGAAACUGAAAUAGUUUGAGUUUUUGUAGGUGUAACAUAUACUCCCUGGAUUUAUCACAUUCACAUGAUGGAGUAGGCAUCAUAGCUUCAAAUUCUUCCCAUAGACCUUUCAACUUAGAGAAGUAAACAGACACUGAACUAGUUCCUUGAGAUAAGGUAGCAAUUUCUUUAUGUAAAUUUAAAGUUCUUGACCCAUCUAUCUUGUUAUAGCGUUCAGCAAGAUCUUCCCAAACAUAUUGAGCACAAGAAGCAUACAUAAUGCCACCAAGAAGACUUUUCUAUACAGAAUUCUCCAUGACAGCACAACAGCAUUAACUCUUUGCCAAUUUCCCUCAAGUCCUGGAUAUUUUUUUUUAACAUGUUCCAUCAACUAAACCAAGUUUAUUCCUUCCUAAUAAAGCUAUUUUCAUAGACCUAUACCACAGAGAAUAGUUCUCUGCACCCGUGAGUUGGAAGGAGAUAAUUUGAGCACCACUUACAUCAGAAGAAUGCAGGAAAAGUGGAUGAUUGUAAUCGAUUCCAGGAAUCUGUGUGCUACCAUUGCUUGAUUGUGGCUCUGUGCUCACCCCAUGAAAUCCAAAAGCAGUUGCAUUGUUUGCCAUUCCAAUUAUCAAGAUUCCAGUUAACUCCCAGACCAAUCUUUAGCGGAAUUUGAUCGAUUUAUUCAACUAGUAAUACCAGCUGAUGAAGGCUUUGAUACCAUGUAAUUUUAGGUGGAUUGAACGAAGAAUAUGAAGCAAGAAACAGAAUGAAUUCAAGAGGAGAAGAAACCAAGAACACAGUAUGAGAUUCAGAUAAGAAGAAGAUGAGAUUUAGAGAAGAAACUGAUAUGGAAAAGUGUAUUCUUGUUCCAUUGAUUGUUCUUGUUCUGUACAGGUUAUAUAUAUACACAUACAGUUGAGAUUAAAUAACUUAGAAAAAAUAGUAACUAACUACUUAACUACUCUAACUGCUAGUAACUACUUUUUGGAAAUGUUGCUACAGGGAAUAACUGUAUUUUUGAAGUCACAGUUACUGUAGCUUGUGAUCACUUUCAGCAUCUGGAAUGGACUGCUUAGCCAUUCUCUACAGAGAUCUUCAACAUAUCAGGGCUGAGAGUGAUUUCUCUUUCAUUCAUCAAUCUAUCAGGAAGCCUCCCACCAAACAUGUGUUCUUUCAUACCCAACAUUGAAGAGCUUUAUAUGGGCAACUUAACCAAUCUUGGUGGGACUAUCCCUCAUUCCAUCUCCAGUUAUUCAGAACUUACUAUUCUUAAGCUUUCUACCAACCAACUCACUGGAUUUAUUCCCAAUUCUCUUGGAUAUGUGACUCAUCUACAGUAUCUAAAUUUAGAGGCAAACAAUUUAACCAGCGACUCAUUAUUAAGCUUCCUGACUUCCUUAACCAAUAGCAAAAAUUUAACAGCUCUUUAUCUAUCUUUCAACCCUCUAAAUGGCAUGCUUCCAGCCUCCAUGGGGAACCUUUCCACAUCUCUUAUAAUCUUUCAAGCCAGUGGUAGCAAAAUAAAAUGGCGAAUUCCAAAUGAAGUUGGGUAAUUAAGCUGCUUCUUAGACCUUGAUCUUUCUGCAAACAACUUGGCUGGAUCGAUUCCCACGUCAAAUGGCAACUUGAUAAACCUGCAGGGCUUGUUCUUGAGUAAUAACAAACUUACAGGAUCUAUCGGUGAUAAUCUAUGUAAAUUGCAGCUCUUGGAUGUCAUCAACUUGAGUCAAAAUCCACUUUCAGGUUCUCUUCCUAAUUGUUUCGGAAAGGUUACUUCCCUUAGAGAGAUACAUGCGGGUUCCAAUAAAUUGAGAACCAAUAUACCAUCAAGAUUAUGUAAUCUUGAAGAUCUAAUGGUUCUUGACAUAUCGUCAAACAACAUGGUUGGUUCUUUAACUGCAGAAAUCGGAAAAUUAAAGGCUGCAACACUUAUAGAUCUGUCGAUGAAUCAAUUCUGAAAUGGAAUUCCAAGAGAAAUUGGAGGGUUGCAAAAUCUGGUGCAGCUUUCUUUGAGGCACAACAAGUUGCAAGGAUCUAUAUCUGACUCAAUAAGCAACAUGGUAGGUUUGGAAUUACUAGACCUUUCUGAUAAUAAUAUAUCGGGAACUAUUCUCAUGUCGUUGGAGAAACUUCAAUACCUCAAAUAUUUCAAUGUUUUUGUCAACAAAUUGCAUGCUGAAAUACCCUCAGGGUGUCCUUUCAAGAACUUCUUGAGUACAUUUUUCAUCUACAAUGAAGCACUGUGUGGUUCUUCAAGGUUUAUUGUCCCACCAUGCCCUACUUCAUCAAAGCAUAGAUCUAGUAGGAAAAAAGUGCUUAUUCUUUUUCUUUUGCUGGGAAUUGCACUAGUAUUUGUUCUUAUCACCUUGGUGUUUUUCUGGAUAAGGUAUAGAAGAGGUAAAAGAGCUCCUCAACAAGCUGAUUCAUUGUCUGCCAUGACAAGAGAAAGAAUUUCAUACUAUGAAUUGCUCCAAGCAAUUGAUGCGCUUAGCGAGAGUAACCUGAUUGGUUCCGGAAGUUUUGGCUGUGUCUACAAAGGCGUUCUCAGAAGUGGUACUACCAUCACUGUUAAAGUGUUCAAUCUUCAACUAGAUGCAGCAUUCAAGAGCUUUGAUACGGAAUGUGAAGUUCUACACAGCCUUCGCCAUAGGAAUCUUGUAAAAGUCAUUGCUAGCUGUUCCAAUCUUGAUUUGAAGGUAUUAGUGCUCCAGUAUAUGCCUAAUGGGAGUCUUGAGAAGUAUUUGUAUUCGCACAACUACUUUCUCGACAUCAGGCAAAGACUAAGCAUAAUGAUAGAUGUGGCAUGUGCUUUGGAAUAUCUGCACCAUGGGUGCUUGUCGCCUGUGAUCCACUGAAAUCUGAAGCCUAGUAAUGUCUUGCUGGACGAGGAUAUGGUUUCCCACCUAAGCGACUUUGGCAUUUCGAAACUGCUUGGUGAAGAUGAGAGUGAUUUAUACACAAAAACAUUAGCAACAUUGGGUUAUAUUGCGCCAGAGUAUGGAGAAGAUGGAUUGGUGUCUACUAAAUGUGAUGUGUGUAGUUAUGGAAUCAUGUUGCUGGAAACAUUUACUAGGAGAAAGCCUAGUGAGUUUGAGGGAGAUCUUAGCUUGAAGCAAUGGGUGAGUUAUUCACUUCCUGAUGCAGUAAUGGAUGUUGCGGAUUCCAACUUGGUUCCACUGAUGGAUAAUCACUUGAACAAGAAGUUAGAUUGUGUAGCAUCAAUAAUGAAAGUGGCACUAGAUUGUUGUGUUAAAUCUCCAGGAAGACGGACAAACAUGAAAGAUGUUGUAGGGAUACACAAUCAAGAUUGUGUAACAUCAAGAUUCAACUUCUCGCAUGUUGAGCAUGCUCUUGGCGACUCUUGUUCCAAAUAAAUUGUUUUGUUUAAAAUGUUUGUUAAAUAAAUGUAUUGAUGUGAAGAAUGAAUUUUUUUUCUGGCAAUGAAAGGAAUUUUAUUAAUUA